AUGGCUCAUGGAUGGGGAUGCGUGUCAGGGGACAAAGUUUUUGAAAUUGGUUCUCUCCUUGUACCUUCACCUGGAGUCCUGAUAUCAAACUCAGGUCUUCUGGCUUGGACUGUUUCAGCUCUUGGAAGGCAGAGGCAGGCAAUAUCCAACUGGAGACAGCCUCCCAUCCCUGCUGUUUCCCUUCCUUCCUCAGGCAACACAGCCCUCCUGCUCCUCCUGUGCAUGCAGCAUUCCUUCCCUGAGCCCAGCAGCCUGUACCUGGAGCUGAUUCUGGCUGUCCUGGCCCUGGAGCUGAUCUGCUCCCUGAGCUGUCUGCUGCUCUAUGCAGUGAAAAUUAGGAGAUUCAAUAGAUCCAAACCACAGCCUGAUGUCCUUGAAGAAGAAAGAAUGUAUGCUCACCCCAGCAAUAUAGCCUCAGAGACUGGCUUCAGGACUAUUUCAAGCCUAGAAGAAAUUGUUGAAAAGCAGGGAGACAUAAUCGUAUAUCUGAAGAGACACAACGCCCUGCUCAGUAAGCGGUUGUUGGACUUGGCCUCUCAGCCAUCUAGGACAUAGAGGCUCUGGGUAUGACAGCUAUCAAAUCCUCAGUGACUCCAGACUGCCCGAAGUUACCUUCAUGGUGUAUGCUGGGAACAUGAGCCCUGGGUGGUUACAAACAUUUGGGAAACUUGAGAAUAUUUUGUAUGGUUUGAAAUAAUUUAACUCCUUGACUUUUCUGGAAUCUAAGCUGUAGUUGAAGAACUCUGGAAUAAUGUGGCUCUUUGUAAAGCAAUUGUGCCAUGACAGUCUGCUGUAAA